AUGAGCUCAGUCAAUGGAACUGGAAAUCUUCUUGAUAAUAAGGGAUUGAUUCUGCCAACAGCCACUCCACUUUCAACAGGAUCAAAACCACAACGACAGGAAGGACAGCAGCUGACUGUUGAUUUUGAGAGGAUUUUGAAGAACGAAGAAAAUAAAUUGUUGCGAGUGACCACAGCCUAUCUAGAGGCUUCCGAAAAUGAGUGGUCUGUACAAGAGCAGUUGCAAAAGGAAAGGGACUCCUUGAAUCAAAAGCACAAGUGUUUGAAAGUGGAUUUAAGGAGGAUAGAAGGAGAGAUAGAUGUCCUGGCCGGGGCAAAGAUAGAAAGUUUUCAUGCUAUAUCUGAACUGUACCAGGAGACAAGACCAGCCGGCAAUGAGGCCAUCUUGGACCUUAUCUUUCGUGAAGUGAUGGACGGGUACGAGGAAGUGAAUAGUCUGAAGAAUGAAAGGGAGAACAUCAGAGCACGCAUAGCAACUGUCGAGGAGCAAAAAGUGGUAAAACAAACGGAAAUUAGAGCACAAGGGAAGAAGUACGACGACGUGACAACGUGUUGUAAUGCUUUUGAGGAGCUCAGGUCCAGAACAGAAACGCAUUCUGAUGAAAUUUCUAAUGCUCAGUCCACAGAAGUCAAGAAUAGCUGCAUGGAAAAUGCACGGGAUUGGCUGAAAAGAGUACAAGAAAUGCGAAAUGAUAUGAAUUUGCUGCUCAAGUGGAUCAACGAAUGGAAAAGUGGAGAUGAAGCGGCCCUGGAGAAAAUCCCACUAGUCUCGGUAUGCAAAGCUUCUGGUAUCCCCGUGAACAUCUUCGAAACGCUCGACCGAAAUGAUAAGAGGACAAGCCCGAAUGAGCCUUCGAAAAAGGCAAAAAAGCCAAAGUACAGUGACAUAUCGAUUGUGGCGACCGGUAUGUGCAUUUUUGCAUUCUACUAG